AGCAAAGAGGAGAUUGUCGACAUAGAUGACCCAGAGACACGGCGGUUUCCUUACCCUUUCAAUGAGCUGCUGGUGUGGGCUGUGCUGAUGAGGAGACAGAAAAUGUCACUCUUCUUCUGGCAGCACGGUGAGGAGAACAUGGCCAAGGCACUGGUGGCAUGUAAACUCUGCAGGUCUAUGGGCUAUGAAGCCAAAAAGAGUGAUGUGGUGGACGACACGUCAGAGGAGCUCAAGGAAUACUCAAAUGAGUUUGGGACGUUAGCAGUGGACCUGCUGGAGCAGUCGUUCAGGCAAGAUGAGACCAUGGCCAUGAAGCUGCUGACAUAUGAGCUAAAGAACUGGAGCAAUUCCACCUGUUUGAAGUUGGCUGUCUCGUCACACCUACGGCCCUUUGUGGCUCACACAUGCACCCAGAUGUUGCUGUCAGACAUGUGGAUGGGAAGGCUGAACAUGCGCAAGAACUCCUGGUACAAG